UCCAUCUCUCUAACAUAAAUGAUUCGUUCAGUGGUGAAUCCCAUUGGACAGUGCAGGGAGACUGAGUCAGUCAGGUGAUUUCCAAGGAAGCCGGAGAUUUAUUCAGUCGUCCACGGAGAGGGGAGCACGCCCAACCCGGAUGCUCAGAUAAUUUGUGGAGCGGUCAGUUGUAGGGGGUUCAGAUCGCAGGGUUGGAGGUAUUUCAGCACCACGGCGGAGGGACAGCUCCCAGUGGAAUCACGUUUUCUCGGUACUACUGAGAUCUCCAUCACAGCUGCUUUAUCAUCGCUGCUGGAGGACCGUGAUAUCCUCGCGCAGAAUCAUUAACAGUAAGAAGGACUGAGGAGAACAGACUGCAUGCCGGAUUUUUCGCUUUUAAGGAGGUCAUUUGCAUGCCGAAUUUCGCCCGGUGUAGUAGCUGUGCACUGGGACUGACGAACGAUGGCGGAGUGUGCGCGGAAAGGACUGUCGCCCCUCGAGGAAGCGCGUUCUCGCUACGAGAGCUUGCAGAUUUCCGAUGAUGUAUUUGGGGAGUCUGGGGACGACAGCAGUGAAAACCCCUUUUACAGUACCACGGGCGACUCGAAUUCGGACAGCUGCACGGAGACAAAUCCAGACAAUGUCUGGGCAGGUGAAACUAGGAGUAGUCUCAGCAGUGGUUCUCUUGGGUCUGUCUCCAAUGGCCAAGCGCAGGAUGAAGGUUGGAGCGAUGCACUACAGGACAUUAGCGUGCCCCAGUAUCAGGACACGCAUGGUCCGACACAUAAAAUGCCGGCCACUGCCACUGCCAUGGACUUCUUCCAGCUCUUUGUCCCUGAUAACGUCAUCCAGAACAUGGUGACCCAAACUAACAUGUAUGCCAAGAAGUUCCAGGAGCGCUUUGGAAGUGAUGAAGGAUGGACCAAUGUGACACUGGCUGAGAUGAAGACCUUUCUGGGCUAUGUUACCUCUACCAGUGUGAACCGCUGUGAGUCAGUACUUAGCAUCUGGAGCAGUGGAUUCUUCAGUAACCGCAGCAUCGCGCUUAAGAUGAGCCAGGCACGCUUUGAGAAGAUCCUCAAGUACUUCCACAUCGUAGCCUUCCGUUCGAGUCAAGGAGGCAGUCAGGGCCUCUAUAAGAUCCAACCCUUCCUGGACUCACUGCAGCAGAGCUUUGGCUCUACCUUCUGGCCCUCACAGACACAGGUCCUUCAUGAACCCUUGAUUGAUGAAGACCCCGUGUUCAUUACCACAUGUACAGAGAGAGAGCUGCGUAAGAGGAAGAAGAGGAAGUUCAGCCUGUGGGUGCGACAGUGCAGCUCCACUGGGUUCAUCUGUCAGAUCAGUGUCCAUCUAAAGGAGGGUCCUGGGCCUGAUGGUUUGGACACCCUGAAGAAUAAACCUCAGCUUCACAGUCUGGUGGCCAAGCAGCUCUGUCAGAACCUGUCUGGCCGUAACGCUAUCAUCUUCACUGGACCAAGCAUCACAAGUCUAAACUUGUUUCAGGAAUUUGAGAAACAAGGGAUCUACUGCUGCGGGCUGCUGAGCACCAGGAAGAGUGAUUGCACUGGUCUUCCUCAGUCUAUGCUGAUCAAUACAGAGGCCUCACAACAACGUGGGCAGUCUCGCAUUAAGAUGAGAGGCAAUAUGUCCAUAAUCAACUGGUACAACAAGGGCAACUUCAGAUUCCUCACCAAUGCCUACUCUCCCACAAAAGAAGGCGUGAUCAUUAAGAGGAAGAGUGGAGAAAUCCCGUGUCCGCUUGCUGUGGAGGCCUUUGCUGCACACCUGAGUUAUAUCUGCAAAUAUGAUGACAAGUACAGCAAGUACUUCAUUUUCCACAAGCCCAAUAAGACAUGGCAGCAGGUGUUUUGGCUGACAAUCAGCAUAGCCAUUAACAAUGCCUACAUUCUAUACAAGAUGUCAGAUGCCUACCGUGCCAAACGCUACAGCCGGGCACAGUUCGGUGAGAGGCUGGUCAAAGACCUGCUGAGUCUGGACGAUUUCUCACCCACUCAGUGAAGGAACCACAUGCUGUCUCAUACCCACUUACAAAAACUACAAACAUGAACAUAUUAUACUCACUUGUAUUAACAUUCUGCACUUCAGGGUCUUGUUAAAUGUAGUUGGAACACGAUAUGUAACAAAUAAAAAUUGUGCCAAGUCUGGUUAAAAAAGAAAUGUUCGAGAUCUAAAUAUGCAUUUAAAGGGAUAGUUCACCCAAACAUGAAAAUUCUCUCAUCAUUUACUCACCCUCAUGCCAUCACAGAUGUGUGACUUUCUUUCUUCAGCUGAACACAAAAGAAGAUUUUUAGAAAAAUUUCUCAGCUCUGUAGGUCCAUACAAUGCAAGAGAAUGGUGAAUAUACCUUUGUUACUUUUAUGUUUCCUUUAUGUGAGUUUUGGAGCUACUGAUAGUUCUGAUCACCAUUCACUUCAUUGUAUGGACCUACAGAGCUGAGAUAUUUUUCUAAAAAUCUUUGUGCUGAAAAAAGAAUGUCAUACACAUCUGGGAUGGCAUGAGGGUGAGUAAAUGAUGAGAGAAUUUUAAUUUUUUUGGUGAACUAUCCCUUUAAGACCCCAUUUUGCCAUUUCCACAUGAAAAGUCUGUAUACCACAGGAACAUUGUACAUAAGUCACUCAAAAGUCUCUGUAACACUUGCUGCAUGAGAAACAAAAAAACGUGCCCUUUGUGCAAUUAUUUUUAUCGAUAGAGUUCCAGUAAUAGUGUUGACAUAGUUUUGAAGAAAGGUUCAAUGUUUUGUGAAUUAUCUCUGUGUGUGAGCAGCAUAUCCAACAUUCAGCACUGAUAAAUAUACUGCAUAUAUUUAUCGACUGAGGUCUUUUAUCAGCAAAAUGAGAAUGUAAUGCAAUUCAUUUAAUUUAUAUCACACUUAAAGAAGGGAGAUCCUAGAUGUUCUCCCAAAUAUCUGGGUGUUUUUCUAUUUUAUAUGACUUAAUAUUUAUUAUCUUUUACUCUUAUUUUUAAAACACAGCAACAACAUGAUUGUUGUGGUUUAAACACAGCAGAUGAUGUACAGUAUAAUGCCACACUGAUACUGAUAUUGCUUCUGAGAUGAAAAUGUGGCACAACUAUUAGCUUUCCCAAUCCGUUUUGCACUUAACUAGUAACUAAGCAGAAACAAACUAAGACCAGGAAUGGCAGAUUUUAAAGUAAUUGCUCACAAAAAUUGCAUUAUUGCCCAAAUUAAAUUUCCUUGACAUUGCAUAAACUCUUUUAUCUGCAUUUCAUUAUCCCUACAUUUUUGUCAAUUAAAAUAUCCUUAAUAUAAUAGUAAAUGUUAUGUAUUUCUUUGAAAGGGCCCAAUAUAGUAUAAAAAAAAAAAAAAAAAAGUAAAUAUAAUUUAUAAUAAUUAAUUUAAAAACUUUUAUAUUUUGUGUAAUUACAUAAAAUAGGCUAUCCAGUUCAAAUAGGAGUUGUUAUACAAGAGCAUGAUUUGAAAAAAAUAAAAUAAAAAUGAACGAACUUAUGAAACAUUUAAAUUAACCAGAAUGUAUCUUUACUCUUAACAGGGUUCAUUUUAUGAGGUCUACUAUUUUGCUAGGUCUACAGUUAGUCAGACUUUAUCAAAUUAUCAAUUUUCCUUGUUGCUAUAUUGUAACUGUAGUAAUGGCAUGUUACAAUCAGUGCUAUUUACCCAUGGCAUAAUUUGUCCCUUCACUGAAGCAGAUUUGGUUAUUUUCCUCAGGUAAUACAUUUAGUCAAGCAUCUCCCCUCUAUAUCACUGUGCUGUAUACAUACUGGAUAAUGACCACUGUAAGUGACACAUGAACAAUGGUGAAUGAAUUUGUUUCAGCUGCCAGACAUACCAACUAAAAUUUUCUCAGCUUUCAUUUAUUGUUUACUGUUAACUUUGUGUCUUCACCUGCUGUUUCCUUUGUACUCGGAGUGGGUAUGUGGAGAAACGCCACACUUUUAUACCUGUAUCUUUGGUUUUUAAUUGAGACAAAAGCUUUAUUUCAUCUGUCCAUACCAUUUUUUGAGAGAGCACAUUGAGAUUGUAUAUCCGUGUUUUCCACCAGUUUGGGAUUUGUUCCACACUCCAUCUCUAUCUGCACUCCAGUAGAAAUACUUUUAAAACAGGUGUGAAUUUAGAGCUAGGCAGACAGUGAACUAAUAAAGUGAGACAGGUGGUAUCUGGUUUAAACUGUUUGACCCUCAUGUCCUCAUGAGGGCCUUAUCUUGGGUGACCUCAGGGUUUUGUAAUUACAAAGAUCUCUUGUAGUGCAAUAGACAAUAUAUAUAGUAGGAUACUGGUUUGGGUGCUAUAUACAUCUCUGCCAAGAACAUACAGUACUCUCUAAGCCAGUGAAAAUGGUUAGCACGGCCAUGACUUUUAAUGAAAGUUCUUUCCGAUGCUGUGUGUUAGGAAAAAAACCCUUCCAACAAGCAAAGUUUCUGCUUUUGCACAGGCCGCUAACAUUUCUCACUAUACUUUAGGGCCAGCUUCGUAUGGCAUGAUAGCAGGUAAUUAAAACGGACAUUUUAGCAACAGAGAACAGUUAUGACAACUAUAAAGCCUGUGAAUAACUCAUUUACUGGACCAAAAUUCCUCAAUAACUGGUCAAUUUAACAACCCAGUGCUGUACAUGUAUGUAUCUAUCUAUUUUCAUGUACGAAUGUUGUUAAUGUGCUGUGUCUAGCUGUAUAAUACUUGGUGUACCUUCACUUGUCUUUUCACUGUGAAUGUUGAAAAUAAGCUGAGUGGGAUAGUAUCUGUCUAUCAGUGUGUGAUCUUUUAUCUGUAAUGUUCACCCUCACCAGUCUGACCUGUGCUCCAUCUCCCUGCCUUUUGUUUACACUGAUUUGCACACUAAUAAAUGUUUAUAUACUGGAUACAGUACAUUUUUUUUUCUACACAACUUGAUAUUGCAGUAUUCAGUAUGCAAAUCAUGGAUGUGUGCUUCUGAGGUGUAUACCACUGUAUAUUUUGCAACAGUAGUGGUUCUAAACUAGUGGGUCAAGAGUUGCGAUGAAAAAAAAAAAACAAUCCUAGGUCUGUUCUGAUAGAAUUGUGAACAGCAGGGAAAACAACUCUAAAUGUAUAAAAUGUAACUAAUAGAGUAAAAAAACAAAUAAAAGUUAAACUUUUUUGGUGUUAAAAUA